CCGCGAGGACUUGUCUAUUAAUUUGUGUAUUCUUCACGCGCCGUGGUGUAGUUGCGGCGGUCCUCCUCCUCCACCGUCGAGGAGUGAAAAACGACGGCGUAAUUGCGAGAUCUCCGGCGAUGAUAUCGUUCGCGCCGACAGCGAAGCUCUUUGGGUUUCAGCAGCGCUGCGUUUGUAGCUCAUUCCGGAAGCGUCUCGGCGUCAAGCUCCAGUUUUCUUCAGUGCCCGAAUCUAAGGUGUUAUCCUCUUUGGAUGAAGAAUGCAGUGAUUUCUUGCCGUGGUUAGAACAGAUUUCGGGGGCCAAGAUUUCAAAUGUGCUUUCUAUAGGGAGAUCCACCUACGGCAGGUCACUGUUUGCCUCAAAAGUUAUCCUUGCUGGAGACUGCUUGUUAAAAGUCCCUUACAAUGCGCAAAUAACUCAAGAUGAGCUGCCUCCAUGUGUAAAAGGUUCAUUGAUAGAUGAAGUUGGAAGUAUUGGGAAGUUAGCAGCUGUUAUUAUAAUAGAGAAGAGAAAAGGUCAAAACUCUCGGUGGGCUCCUUAUAUCACUCGGCUUCCUCAGCCUGAAGAUAUGCACAGCACGAUUUUCUGGAGUGAAGAUGAGCUGGGCAUGAUCCAUUGUAGCACAAUCCACAAGGAAACGGCAAAACAAAAAGCACAGAUAGAAAAGGAAUUCUCAGCAGUAGCACAUGCUCUUCAACGGCAUCUUCCUGAAGUGCAUGAGAGCAUAACUUUGAAAGAUUUUAUGCAUGCAUAUGCUUUAGUGGGAUCUCGAGCAUGGGAAACCUCAAAGGGAAUAUCUUUGAUUCCUUUUGCGGACUUCAUGAAUCAUGAUGGAUUUUCUGAAUCAAUAGUUGUGGACGAUGAAGAUGAACAAUUAUCAGAGGUUACAGCAGAUCGUAACUACAAUCCCGGUGAGGAGGUGUUCAUAAGCUACGGGAGAUUCUCAAACGCAACGCUGUCGUUGGAUUUCGGAUUUACACUUCCUUACAACAUUCAUGACCAGGUCCAAGUCAAAAUGGAAGUAGAGAACAGAGAUCCACUGCGUGAAAUGAAGCUGGAACUUCUCCAGAGACAUCGAACUCCGAGUGUGAAAAACAUCUUCCACUCUUCUUGGGAUGCUUUCACUAUCAAGGAAGUGAAAUCUGCUAAAGGAAAAGGAAAGGGCCUUCCACAAUCUCUUCGUGCCUUUGCUCGUAUUCUAUGUCUAACCUCUCCUCAAGAGCUGAGCGAUUUGUCGAAGGAAGCCGCACAAAAGGAUGGCCGCCUUGCUCGGCUUCCCUUGAAUGACAGUGGCAAAGAGUUCCAAGCACAUCAGCUCUUAUCCUCACAUAUCAGCAAAUUGAUCGAGGAACACACUUCUUCCAUCGAGGCUUUGGAAGCUUCGGAUCCGCAUCACAGUUCGCGAAGAUUUGCUGUUAGAAGGCAGAUGGCACGGAAUCUCCUUGUGGGUGAGCUUCGUGUUCUAAGGUCUGCGGCCGCAUGGCUCAGUCAUUAUUGCACCACCCUGUUGCCUCAGCCCGUAAACUUGCCAAUCCCGUUGAUAACCGAUCUUUCGUAAACAUGAAGAAAGAAGCCUGCAAAACCCUAAACCCUGUUUUUUUUUUUUUUUUUUUUUUUUUUCCG